AUGCCGGAGACAACGUCACCCGAGUCCAAGCCUGAGGUUACUGCGCCUCCUGCAGCUCGACGAGGCGGGACGUCGGAGAACAUCCAGGUGUUCAUCCGUAUUCGUCCGCUGAUUGAGCGCGAGAAUUCGCAAGAGCGGUGUGCUGGGACGCACUCCAUCCGCGCGACCGACCACCAGAGUAUUGAAGUGCGUACGUCCGAAUCCACGAUCAAGUGCACAUACGAUGCAGUCUUCGACCACACCUUCUCGCAGGAGCAAGUGUACGACCGCGUACGCGAGUGCACCCAGUCUUUCCUCCAGGGAUUCAACUCUACACUCUUCGCGUACGGCCAGACAGGAAGUGGCAAGUCGUUUACAAUGUUCGGUGCCGAGACCGAUCUCUCACGAUACCGCCCAGGACUCCAGAACAGCCAGGCGGGUAUUAUUCCGCGUGCUAUCAAGGAGAUUUUUGCUGCCACGGUGCAGAUGGAGGCAGACGCCCAAGCAACAGUGUUCUGCUCCUUCGUCCAGAUUUACAACGAGCAGAUUUUCGACCUGCUGCGAGAUACGCAGAUGAACGCGCCACUAGAGAUCCACGAAGACCGGAAGAACGACAUCUUCGUCGAAGGAUUGUCAGAGUACGCGGUGAGGAGCGUAAGCGACUGCCUGCAGUUGCUGCAGUGUGGCGAACAGAAUCGAGCUGUGAGAUCUACUCACAUGAACCAAGUGAGUAGUCGCAGUCACAGCGUCUUCCAGCUGCUGCUGGAGCAAAGGCGGAAGGAUGGCACAGUUCUCAAAUCCAAGUUCAAUCUUGUGGACCUGGCAGGCUCUGAGAAGUGGAAUAUGGGGACCGAAAUGCAAGACCACCACAUCUCGGAGAUGACAAAUAUUAACCUGAGUUUGCAUACACUUGGGCGUUGCAUAGCUGCUCUAUCGAGCAAGUCAACGGGUGGCCCAACCCACGUGCCGUAUCGUGACUCGAAGCUGACAAGGCUGCUCCAAGACAGUCUGGGCGGCAACACCAAGACCAAAAUCAUCGCUACGCUCUCGCCAUCGAUUGACUGCGUUGAAGAAUCGAUCUCCACUCUUAAAUUCGCGGAUCGAGCCAAGAAGGUCAUGGUAAUGGUGCGCGUCAAUGAGCAGCGUGAGAUCGACCCUGCAUACGUUGAAAAGCUUCAGGAGGAACUCGAGCAGUUGCGUGAAGUUGUUCGUCUACUCAGACUUCCGAACGGCGCGAAUGGAGAUGAUGGUGACGCCGAGGUCGCCGUGCAGCAUUUAGAGAACACAGUGCGACAACUGAAAGACGCCUCGGAUCGCUUUUUCCGCUUUGAGAUCGAAGAGGAAGAGCUCAAAGUCAUCCAUGCGCGGCUCUUUCAAGGAUUCCAGGGUGGCCCUACCCAUCCACCGUUGUCAGCCUCUCGCUCCCCACUACCAACAGGUGGGAGGGCGUUUGGAGGAGGCAACAUGAUGAAGCCUCGACCUCGCCGAUCAUCAAGUAUCGACACCAAUGGGAAUGGGGAGUGCUGGAAAAACGACGUGCAAGCGGCACCUGCGAUGACCGUCGAGAAGGAGCUGGAGAUGUCACGAAAAGCUAUCGAGAAGCAAACAAAGCUUCAGAACUGGCUGAUUGAAAAGGAGCGGAGAGAAAUCCUCAAACUGCACCAAGAGCAGCAGUUCAUCGACGAGCAGCGCCGAUAUGCGGCCGAGAAGGACGCCAAGUUCUUUAAGCGGGCGGCAGCAACCAAGAAGAAGCUGCUUCUAGCGACAGCAGCUUCUGCGUCUGAAGCGUUAGAUUCCCCCAUUAGCAGCAAGCCAGCAACAGCGGAAACGUGA